AUGACAUUUCUCCGAUUUGGCCUUCUCCGCCUGGCCUUGGCAAUAGUCACUUGCCAAAGCCUGCCAUCCCAGGAUGCUGAUGCGGAUGACUUCGCACUGCUAGCUCAACGCGCGCGUCAGGUCAAGAAGAAGGAACAUGUGAAGAUUCCUGCGAUCGUUCACUUCAACUACAAGUUUAACUUAUUCGAUGCCUCUGAGGAACGGCUACAGGCUGAGCCUCUGCUCCGGAUCCUGAAGAGGAACAUCGAGCAUACUGUGGAGUUGUUCGGAACAGAUGUCCCCAAGGUGAACUUCUGGGAUGACAAAAAAUGUAUCAGGGAGCUGAAAAAGCUAAAAAGGUUCAAUGGUCACCAACUUGCCAAGGGCUUUGCGAGCCUGGUGCAUGGCAAAUACAAGUCGGAUCUGUGCCGCCUAGCCCAGCUGUAUAAAUACGGUGGGUAUUAUUUCGACCUGGACAUCCUUCCUGUGAAGUCCAUGCGCAAAUACCUGGAUCCCGACACCACCUUUGCGUCGGUCCGGUCUAUGUGCCACAAGGAGAUCUUCCAGGCCUUCCUGGCCGCAACCCCAAAGAACCCACUGAUCGCUCUGAACUUGAAGACCUUCGGCACGUGGCUUGCAACAAGGAAGAAGGGGCAUGAGCCUGAAAACAUCGGCCCACUCCUCAUGUGGCGCAGCUUCCGGAAGACUGGCGCGAAAUUCAAGAGGGCGCCCCAAUUCUUUGUGGGCGACGAGAAAGUCCAGCUCUUCCAAGAGAACAGGAUCAAAAAGUGGAAGCACGGGAAGGAGACGAUCACAGGCCUGUUGUCCGGACAUUCGAAGUGGGGCGAGUGCAACAUUGCUGUGGUGGAUCAGAACACAGACGAAGUGGUGAUGUACCCACGGGUGAUCUCCGCAAACAACGAUGAUGCCUGCGCAGAGGAAAAGAAGCUGAUCAUCCAGCACUUCCUCGAGAAAUCCCACAGCGUGCUGGUCAUGCUGUUGGCGACUUUGAUCCCAGGGCCUCCAGGAAGCCAUGCGCAGGGAGGUGUAGACAAGAUGGAUAGCAUCCAUGAGAAUAGACUCCACGACCUGCUCGUCUCAAAGCUGGUGGACCACUCUGUGCCACAGGCUCGACGUGGCCUCGCUGCACGGUGUCUCCUGGAUGCUUAUAGAGGAGGCUUUGCGCCGGCCAUGGGUCGAGCUGACCCGGCGCUCCUAGGCAGGGCCUUGGCAUCCUCAGCUGCGGAGGCGCAGGCUCAGCAAGAGGCUACUCUGCAGAGCGUGGCAGCAGGUGCGGAAGAAGCACUCCGCCGACAUGAAAUUGUUUCAACGCUUGAGGAGUUCCUCAGCCAAGCACACGACAGCGCGUCGAGGCUUGGAGUGGAGGCGGACGCUUGGCGUGGCUGUUUGCAUCACGCCUGGGAGGCCGCCACAAGUGCGGAGACAGGACGGCAAAGCGCCAGCGAGGCGCUGUCUGUCUUCUGCUCUGAACUGGAGGGAGCCUGUGCCCAGCUUCCUGCUGACCAUUUAGCUGGCGAUGGUGGCACAGGAGGACCCGAGGCUUUGCGUUGGGAGCUGCAGCAUCGCGAGGCGGAGCUCAUUGCUGAGCCACUUCUUGGUGAAGGCGACCUUGCGCAGGCACAAGCAGAUCUCGAUGCCCUCGGAGAGGAGCGCAUGUCCCUGGCCCGUCGACUUGCCGAGCAGAGUGAGGCAUUGCAGCAUUGGACGUCCGAACUGGAGGCUUCCAAAUCUGCUUUGGCACGGGACGCCUCUGCAGCAAUGCGCGUUGCUGAGAGCCAGCGUCAGCGUGAGGCACUUCGGCAAGAGAUCCGCGAGGGGCAGGAACAGGCCCAGAUGUUGGACGAGCGGCUAAGGUACGCGACGGAGGCGCUCUCUGCCAGCGCGGCAGCAGCUGAAAAUGCACAAAAGAGGCCCGCUCAGCCUCUGCCGCAGCUGUCCGAAGGGCUUCAGACCUGGCUCACUGUCAGCAAAGCCCAGAGAGACUGCGAGGAGCGGCUCCUUGAGGCCUCGAAGAUGCUGCGUUCCGCAGCCUCCGGGCUGAAGCAGGAGCGCCGCUGCCGGCAGCAGCUGCAAGGCGUGAUCCGGGACUUGGCUGUGCGCCUGGAGGCCCUGGAUGGUCAGCUCGAGCAGCUUUCGCAGCACGAUGUUGGCAUUGAGGAGGACGAAGACACAGCACAAGGCUGCUGA